GGCCCCGCGGAUUGGCUGCCCCGGCCCGGCGGCCGCCGCGUCGCCCCGCCUCCAACCCCGCCGAGCGCCCCCAGUGGCUGGCGGCCGGCGUAGCCCUCCUGGCGGGAGAUUCCUGGGGCGCCGGGCGCAGGGCAGGGCGACCAUGGAGCAGCUGCGGGAUGUGCGGGAGCGGGUGCAGGCGUGUAAAGGGGGCGCGCGUUUCGGCGGCGGAGCGGGCGGUUGCCGGGCCAGGUGCGGGCUGCCCGUGGGCGGGGAUCUGAGGGAGCGGCAUCCGGCUGACGCGCUCCCUUUACAGGAGGACGUGGAAGCGGCGCCCGAGGAGACCCGCGCGCUCCACCGGGACUACCGCACCCUGAAGGAGGCACUGGGUCAGGCCGGCGGCGUCGGGCCUCACGGCUCGGAGCAGUCGCUUCCCGCGGCGGCGGCCGAGGAGAUGCUGGAGCCCAGCUGCUGGGGGCCCCACCUGAAUCGGGCCGCGACCCAGAGCCCCCAUCCUCCAUCAAGGCUCAGCUCUCAGGGAUCUGUGCAUGACUACGGGAAGAGGCUUAAGGCCAACCUAAAGGGCAGUCUGCAGGCUGGGCCAGCCCUGGGCCGAAUACCCCGGCUUACACGAAGAUCCUCCUCUAAGAUGCCUUCCCCAGGGCCACCAGGCACAGGAGCUGCCACCAUCUCUCCAGAAGAAGUCAGUGAGGUGCCCCCCCAGCCUCCCAGGCCCGAGCUGAGGCCAGGCCGGCCCCAGCAGUUGAGGGCAUCCCUGAGCCUGCGGCUGGGCUCCCUAGACCCAGGCUGGCUGCAGCGGUGUCACAACGGGACCUCAGAUUUUCUGGGGGUUCCCAGGGCCUGCCAGCCUUGCCUGGGUGCAGAGGAGUCCCAGCUUCUUACUCCAGGUGUUGUAUCUGUCUUCGGUCCCAGCGCUGGCCCUGAGGUGACUUUACAGGGCCCAGAGACUCCAACCCUACUAGCAGCUGGUAUCAGUGCAGGGAACUCUCAGCCUGGUACCCGUCAAGGCAAGAAGCGGAGAUGGAGUGGGGAGCUGGAGGGAAGCCCUGCACAGACCCAGCAGGACAGCGGCCAAGCAGGACCCCUGCCUGCAGGAGCUGGGGCUGCAGUGCCUACAGAAGACUAUCCAGAGCAGCCUGUGCAGGCACAGCCCCCCAGCAAGCCCCCAGCCCCCAGGUAUCACUGCCCUAGCCCCAGCAGCGCUGCCUUCAGUCGCGCCACGGUGGGGAGGGCUGUGGGUGCAGUCGACCUGUGCGUCUCUUCUAGACUUGCUGUCCAGAACAGGGGGAACUAUGUGCGACUCAACAUGAAGCAGAAACGCUACGUACGGGGCCCGGCUUCAAGGGGCAGGCUCCUUCGCAAGCAGGUAUGGAAGCAGAAGUGGCAGAAGAAAGGAGAGUGUUUUGGGGGUGGUCAGCGCAGAGCCACAGCCCAGUGUGGGCAGCUCAGUCACGGGGCAUCCCAGUGCCCUCAGCCAGGUGAAGAGGACACAGAGCCUGCAGGGCCUGAGCUGCUGGUGCCCACAGGGCAGUCUGUGCCCAAGGCUCCUUGUCCGCCUCCUGUGCCACCACUCUAUCUGCCAGGGCCUUUGGGGCAGGUGGUAGACACGCCAGCUGAGGUGCUUCAGGCCCUGGAGCAGCUGGGGCACCAAGCCUUCUACCCUUUGCAGGAGCGUGUGGUCAUGCGGAUCCUGUCUGGUGUGUCCACGUUGCUGGUACUGCCUACGGGGGCUGGUAAGUCCCUGUGCUACCAGCUCCCCGCACUGCUCUACUUCCGGCGAAGCCCCUGCCUCACGCUGGUCAUUUCUCCUCUCAUGUCGCUCAUGGACAACCAGGUUUCCGGCUUGCCCCCAGGCCUGAAGGCGGUCUGCAUUCACUCGGGGAUGACUAAGAAGGAGCGGGCCUCCGCCCUGCAGAAGGUUCGGUCAGCCCAGGUGCAAGUGCUGAUGCUGUCGCCAGAGGCGCUAGUUGGGGCGGGGGGCGCUGCCCUCCUCGCUCAGCUGCCACUGGUCGCCUUUGCCUGUAUCGACGAGGCCCACUGCCUCUCCCAGUGGUCCCACAACUUCCGGCCCUGCUACCUGCGUGUCUGCCAGGUGUUGCGGGAACGCGUGGGUAUAAGCUGCUUCCUGGGUCUCACAGCCACGGCUACGCGCAGCAGUGCCCUUGACGUGGCCCGGCACCUGGGCGUGGCCGAAGAGUCUAUCCUCAGGGGGCCGGGCACCAUCCCUGCCAACCUGCACCUCUCUGUGUCUUCAGACAGGGACCCAGAGCAGGCUCUGGUGACGCUGCUGCAGAGUGAUCGUUUCCGUGCCCUGGACUCUGUCAUCGUCUACUGUAACAGACGAGAAGACACGGAGCGUGUCGCUGCCCUGCUGCGCACCUGCCUGCGUGAGGCCCAGGCCCCAGGAUCCCGAGGCCGAGCCCCGGAGGCUGUGGCUGAAGCCUACCAUGCCGGCAUGGGCAGCCGGGAGCGGCGGCGGGUGCAACGGGCCUUCAUGGAGGGCCGGCUGCGGGUGGUGGUGGCCACGGUGGCCUUCGGGAUGGGGCUGGACCGGCCAGACGUGCGGGCCGUGCUGCACCUGGGGUUGCCCCCAAGCUUUGAGAGCUACGUGCAGGCUGUGGGCCGGGCUGGGCGUGAUGGGCAGCCUGCACAGUGCCACGUCUUCCUCCGGCCCCAGGGUGAGGAUCUGUGGGAGCUGCGCAGACACGUUCACGCCAACGUCAUCGACUUCCUUGCCGUGAAGAGGCUGGUGCAGCGCGUGUUCCCUCCCUGUGCUUGCGCCCGGCAGCCCCCAGAGCAGCAGGGAGACGAGAGCCAGGAAGAGCACUCGGCCAGGGUCCUCGUGGCUACAUCUCCCCAGGACGCUGACCAUCCCAGCCUCGAGCACACAACCCGGUGCCCGGGCCACAAGCGGGCGCUCCCGGUGCAGCCAACCGUGCAAGCCCUGGAUUUGCCCGAGGAGGCCAUCGAGACUCUGCUGUGCUACCUUGAGCUGCACCCACAGCGUUGGCUGAAGCUGCUGGCGCCCACCUAUGCCUGCUGCCACCUGCGCUGCCCCGGGGGCCCCACCCAGCUCCAGGCCCUGGCCCGCAGGUGUCCCCCACUGGCUGUGUGUUUGGCCCGGCAGUGCCCCAAGAUGACAGGUGGGGGAAGCAGUUCUGUGGAGCUGGACGUGGUCGAGCUGGCAGACUCCAUGGGCUGGGAGCUGGCCCCCGUGCGGCGGGCUCUCCACCAGCUGCGGUGGGAUCCAGAGCCCGGGACAGGUGUGCCUCAGGGCACGGGGGUGCUGGUGGAGUUCAGGGAGCUGGCCUUCCACCUGCACAGCCCCGGGGACCUGACAGCCCAGGAGAGGGACCAGAUCUGUGACUUCCUGCACGGCCGCGUGCAGGCCCGUGAGCGAGAAGCCCUGGCCCGCCUGCACCACACCUUCCGGGCUUUCCACAGCGUGGCCUUCCCCAGUUGCGGGCCGUGUCUGGAGCAGUCCGAUGAGGCACGCAGCGGCAGGCUCAAGGCCCUGCUCAGCCACUACUUCGAGGAGGAGUUAGAAGCACCGGGGGGCGUGGAGGCCGAGGAGGACCCUGAGCCAGGACAGGCCAGGCUCCAGGACUGGGAGGACCAGAUCCGCCGGGACAUCCGCCACCUCCUGUCCUCGUGGCCAGAGCAGCGGUUCUCGGGCAGGGCUGUGGCCCGGAUCUUCCACGGCAUCGGAAGCCCCUGCUAUCCGGCCCAGGUGUAUGGGCGGGACAAGCGCUUCUGGAGAAAGUACCUGCACCUGAGCUUCCAUGCCCUCACGCACUUGGCCACAGAGGAGAUCCUGCUGUGGGGCUGCUGACCACUCUGCCGCGGAAGGACCCAGUUCCCCCACGUCACAAGCACGGGCCUGAGCAGGGGCAGCGUGGCCACAGCAUGGGGGGUUGUCAGGUGCAGCAGGUCCUCGAGGCAAAGAUGGGCGUAGAUAUCAGUGGCCAGGACAGCGACCAACCACUCUGGACAAAGGCCACCACCAGUAGCGUGCAGAAUAAAGUACAGAAUAAAAGAUGCUCGAGCCA